AAACAUAGGCUUGAUGGAACUUGAAAGCGGCAGAAAUACAUCUGAAGAAAAUGUACUUCUCAAAACAGAGAAAGCAGCGGAGGACAUUUCCGAUGCGACGUUGAAAACUGCAAUGUAAUUAGAACAUAUCUUCUCUGAUAAUUAUAGCUGUGAUAUUUUAGUCAAAUUCAAUUCAUUCGCCGUCGUUAGUCACUGAAUUUGCAAAGAACUUCAAACGACGUCGUUGAAGGAAAAGCCCAGAAACACGGCCGACUUGUCGGUCAUCAGAGCUACAUAGGUUAAUCGACGGAAUAACAAAGAUCAAUCUCUUUCCUUUCGGACUCUGGCCUUCGUCUCUCUCUCUUAGGGCAACUGAGAACUCCCUCCGCAAUUUCUCUCCUUCUCCUCUGUCUAAUUCGUCUUACGUUGCUUCUCCAGAUUCGUAAAUUCUUUGAUUAUCCCAAGUUAAUCCCCUUCCAGUUCUCAAUUCCUUCGUUAAAACGCCGGCAUCAUCAUUAUCAUCUCUUUCUCACGCACAUUUUCCGAUGCUCUCUAAUGGACUGCUACUAGCAAUAUACGCGCCCUGUUCUCGUCGUGGCUUCAGGAGAUCUCAUCACCACUCCCCUUGUUUCUGAUCUGCAAUGACGAUGAAACGGGGACAACAAAGUUCUGGCAUCCACAGGGUUAGUAGAAGUGGUGGAUCGCGAUUACCUAUGGCGAUUCUCGUUUUUUCACUUUUCGCUCCUUUGAUUUUCUUCGUCAGCCGAGGACUCCAUACCGCUACUACCAUUGAAACCAGUGACAUUUCAACGGCUUCUAGUAAACAGAAUGUAGAUUGGAGAGAGAGACUGGCGCUGCAACAUGUCAGAUCUGUUUUCUCCAAAGAGGUCAUUGAUGUCAUCAGAACAACCACAAAUGAUAUGGGUCCUUUAAAUCUUUAUUAUUUCAGAAAAAACAAUUUGUCUGCUUCAUGGAAAGCUGCUGGAGUGGAAACUUUGCCAAGCCAAAUGGCUGCGGAUGGCAAAGGAAACAUGCCUAGAGGCGAACGGGAUGAUUCUUCAGAUGAGCAUUCUCAGUUUAUUGAUACACCUGCAAAACGAGCUCGAAGGCAAUUGCGAGAGAAAAGACGUGAAAAGCGUGCAGCUGAGUUAGUGCAACAAAAUGAUGAAGCAAUUGUAAAAUUUGAGAAUGCAGCCAUUGAACGCUCCAAAUCUGUUGACUCUUCUGUACUGGGGAAAUACAGCAUAUGGAGGAAAGAUAAUGAGAAUGAAAAUUCUGAUUCGACAGUACGCUUUAUGCGGGAUCAAAUUAUAAUGGCAAGGGUGUAUUUAACCAUUGCAAAGAUGAAGAACAAGCCUGAGUUACACCAAGAAUUACAGACUUGCCUCAAGGAAAGUCAGCGUGCUUUAGGAGAGGCAUCUACUGAUGUAGAUCUACAUCGCAGUGCACCUGAGAAAAUAAAAGCUAUGGGCCAAGUUCUGUCAAAAGCAAGAGAGCAACUGUAUGACUGCAAGUUGGUCACUGGAAAACUGAGAGCGAUGCUUCAGUCAGCAGAUGAACAAGUUAGAAGCUUAAAAAGGCAGAGCACAUUCCUAAGUCAGUUAGCAGCCAAGACGAUUCCGAAUGGAAUCCACUGCUUGUCUAUGCGUUUAACCAUAGAAUACUAUCUCCUCCCUCCAAACAAGAGAAAGUUUCCUAGAAGUGAGAAUUUGGAAAAUCCAAAUCUUUUUCAUUAUGCCCUGUUCUCUGACAACGUCUUGGCUGCAUCAGUUGUUGUUAACUCGACUAUUCUGAAUGCUAAGGAACCUGAGAAACAUGUCUUUCAUCUGGUUACUGAUAAACUAAACUUUGGAGCCAUGAAUAUGUGGUUUCUGCUGAACCCUCCUGGAAAAGCUACUAUCCAUGUGGAAAAUGUUGAUGAGUUUAAGUGGCUUAACUCGUCCUACUGCCCUGUUUUGCGGCAGCUUGAGUCUGCUGCGAUGAAAGAGUAUUAUUUCAAGGCAGCUCAUCCUACUACUCUUUCAGCUGGUUCUUCUAAUCUAAAGUACAGGAACCCAAAGUAUCUCUCAAUGCUUAACCACCUGAGGUUUUAUCUCCCACAAGUUUACCCUGCGUUGGAUAAGAUUUUGUUUCUUGACGAUGACAUUGUUGUCCAGAAAGAUUUGACUGGAUUAUGGUCAGUUGAUCUCCAUGGAAAGGUGAAUGGUGCAGUAGAAACCUGUGGUGAGAGUUUUCAUCGUUUUGACAAAUAUCUGAACUUCUCGAAUCCUCAUAUUUCAAGGAAUUUUAAUCCAAAUGCAUGUGGAUGGGCAUAUGGAAUGAAUAUUUUUGAUCUCAAAGAAUGGAAAAAGAAGGAUAUUACUGGCAUAUAUCACAAAUGGCAGAACAUGAAUGAAGAUAGGGCAUUGUGGAAGCUUGGAACCUUGCCUCCAGGCUUGAUUACAUUUUAUGGGUUGACACAUCCUCUUGAGAAGUCAUGGCACGUUCUUGGUUUGGGUUAUAAUCCAAGCAUUGAUCGGUCAGAGAUUGAGAAUGCAGCAGUUAUACACUAUAAUGGGAACAUGAAACCAUGGUUGGAGUUGGCAAUGACUAAGUAUCGGUCAUAUUGGACUAGGUAUAUCAAGAGUGGUGAUCCGUACCUUCACAAUUGCAACCUAGGUGAAUGAAUUGAAGUGCUGAGGUACAGCCAGAUGCUCUCUCUCUCUCUCUCUGUGCACCCGUGUAUGGACUGGUUCAAGCAAGGAUCCUGUCCAUGUGAAAUCUCUGACAGGAGUUGCCGUAGGAGAAGGGAAGGAGUUUACCUCUCUGAUUGGGCCUCCUUUCUAUUCUUCCAAAUUGCUUAUUUUUCAUUGUAAUUAAAUUAAUUCAUUUCCAUCAUCCUCCAACCAUUAGAGCCGGGUGACAAAAAUCUUUAUCCCUUGUUCACCUGUUAGAACUCCAUCUGUCUUUGGCUGUGGGGCUAGGAGCAAUUUGGACAGAAGUGUAACUCGUUUUUCUAAGGAUGUGAAUGUUAAUUUUUUGCUGUGUUCCUUGAGCACCAGCUUGACUAAUGUUGUAGCAACUAUCGUUUGGGGUGGGGAAUGACCGCCAGCUGAUUGUAUGAACCAAAUGAUUAGUUUGUAAUACAUGUCUCUUUUCUUUUGUGCUA